UGUCAUGUCACUUGUCAUUGUUAUUUUGAACCACUUGAUUUGAAUGUAUUGAAUACUUCCACUUGUUUUAUUAAAUAAUUGUAUGAUUUUACUGCCUAGACUUCAUUUCAGUUCUUGCGCUUCAAUAUCUUAUCAAGUGACGUUGUUAUACAAGUAUAUUUAUCAGUACAAGUGUCAAGAAAUUACAGUAAACAUUUUCAAUAAAGAUAUGGUUCUUUCUCGAGCCGGGCUAUUACGAAACUUAAGUAUUCUAUAUCAAAGUAGACAAAUGCAUUUAUUGAAGAAACAUGCGUACAUUAAUGGACAAUGGGUUAGUGCGCAGAGUAAAGCGGUAUUUCCUGUACUCAAUCCGGCGGAUGAUAAGGUUAUCGCAGAGAUUCCCGAUAUGGACGCCGUCGAUGCUCAAAUGGCAGUUAGCACGGCCACCAACACCUUCCAGACGUGGAAAAACACUACUGCAAAGGAAAGGGCUAAUAUACUUAGAAGAUGGUAUGAUCUCUGUGUAAAAAAUUCUGAUAAUCUCGCUGAAAUUAUCACCGCUGAAGCUGGUAAACCUUUGUCUGAAUCUAAGGGAGAAAUCGUGUAUGGAAGUUCGUUUUUGGAAUGGUUUGCUGAUACUGCUCGUCAUAUUAAUGGAGAGGUUGUGCCGAGCCCCUGGCCAAAUAAAAUGAUCAUGGUUACACGACAGCCACUGGGUGUUGUGUCUGUUAUUACACCUUGGAAUUUUCCAUUCGCUAUGAUUACUCGUAAAGUUGGAGCUUUGAUGGCAGCUGGAUGCACUUGUAUCAUUAAACCUUCAGAAGAUACCCCUUUGACGGCUUUAGCUGCUGUCCAACUGGCCGAAGAAGCUGGUGUACCUAAAGGAGUGAUCAACGUGGUUACCUCAAGCAGGAAAAAUGCUCCGGCAGUGGGAAAAGUCUUAUGCGAAGAUCCAAAUGUAGGUUGUAUUUCUUUUACUGGCUCUACUCAUGUUGGUGUAAUUCUAUAUGGGAUGGCAGCAAAAGGAGUAAAGAGAGUCUGCUUAGAGUUAGGAGGAAAUGCCCCAUUUAUUGUCUUCCCAAGUGCUGACAUAUCACAUGCUGUAGAACAGGCUAUGCUUGCCAAAUUCAGAAAUAAUGGUCAGGCAUGUAUUGGAGCGAACAGAUUUUUAAUACAUAAGGAUGUAUAUGAUAGAUUUGUACAAGCCUUUAAAGAAAAAAUUUCUAAGGGCUGUGUCUUAGGCCCAGGCUCAAAACAAGGUGUGACAUGUGGGCCAUUGAUUAAUCUAACACAAACCAAUAAAGUGACACAGUUAGUUAAUGAUGCUUUGUCAAAGGGAGCUAAAGCGCUGAUUGGUGGGAAACCAGCAGCUGAGCUUGGAACAAAGUUUUAUGAGUCGACACUGCUCACUGAAGUUAAGCCUGAUAUGGAAAUAUAUAAAGAAGAGAUAUUUGGGCCCAUAGCUGUAUGCUAUAAGUUUGAAACUGAGCAGGAGGCUAUACAGGUGGCAAACAAUACUAGGAGUGGGUUAGCAUCGUAUGUGUUCACCAAAGACCUCGGUCAAGCUUUUAGAAUGUCUAGUGAGCUGAAUUUCGGGAUGGUAGCUAUUAAUGAUGGCAUACUGUCUGCUGCAGAACCUCCAUUUGGUGGUAUGAAGGAGUCUGGUAUUGGUAGAGAGGGGAGUAAACAUGGUGCAGAAGAAUAUACAGAUAUAAAAUACACUUUAUUCUCAGGUUUAGAUAAAAUACAAGAAGUGGAUGAUAGUUUUUUCGAGAAGUUUGGAUCUAUUUUAAAACAAGUAUCACAAAAGGCCGCGCUAGAAGAGUCUACUCCCUUAGCUCCAUUAAAAGAAGUAGAAGAACAGGAUGGAGAACAUAAAGCUACCGAUGUCUCGGAGUGUCAAAGUGUCGCCCGAGACUCGGACAGUGGCAAUGAAACCUUACUUGACACUGAUUCGGAACCUGAAGACCCAGAAAAGGUCGAGUUUUACGUGGAAGCAGUGGGAUGGAAUGUUGAUGAAUUAUAUUUGGAGAUAUUGUACGAGAUUUUGCACAAUGUCGGCGGAUGUGACGUAGGAUGCGAGGUGGGACAACAGGCGAUGCUCGGCUAUGUACAGGAAGCCUUCAAAAUAUCCAACGAGAAGCACACGCAACUGCUCACAGAGGCUGAGGCGAAGGAACCACCAGAACUUAUGUUAAACGUAGAAGUAGUAGAAGGGAAGGAUCUCGUUCCAAAAGACCCUACCGGCUUAAGUGAUCCGUUUGUAACAAUAUAUUUAAUGUCAAAUACGGCUCACAGAUACAACACGUCAGUGAAAUCGGGUACACUAAAUCCAAGCUGGGAGGAACAUUUUUCUUUACCUAUGCCAGGAAGUUUGCAAGAGGAUUCAUUAUGUUUAGAAGUUUGGGAUUUCGAUCCAGCGGAGACGGUAAAAGAGAAAAUGACCAAAAUAUUCGAAGUAAAGGGCGUGAAGGGACUUCGCAAGCUUAUGAAAGAGAUAGCAAUCACAGCAUCCACAGGGAAACACGACAAUGAGCUUAUUGGUACUGCUAAUAUACCACUCAAAUCAAUACCAGCGGGCGGUAUGACAAUGUGGCUCAACUUGAGUAAAAAGAGCAAACUUCGGCGGCAAGGUGUCCUGAAAGCGAGGUUUAGUUUCUCGUCGGAGAAGAAUUCCCAGGUGGCAGCUCAGGAGCACAGGCAUCUCUUGAGGAUACUAUUGCUUCAUGAGCUCGAAAGUUCAAAGGUAGCGCCGUAUUGGUGGUGCGGUAACUUCAGCGCGGCGGCUGAAGGCAUCCUCACGCAGCACGUGGCGCAGAGCGGGCUGUCGCAGCUCGACAACCACCUCGCGCAGUGGGUGGUGUACUGCGCCAUCACCACCGACCACCCGCUCAGCUUCGCCCUCUUCAACGGCCUCCUGGAUAAGCUUACUAAACCCCUGCAAUCUGGUCUCGCAAAUGAAGAGGAUGUAAAGCUCUUUUGGGAUGGAGCGAAGAAACUGCUUCCAACCUGUUACAGCCACAUACGGAAACUGAGAAAGAAGACCGCAGGCGAUAAAACAGUCAUGAAAACUCUACGUGAAGUUUUGAAGAUCCUUUACAAACUAUCAGUAUUGGACGUACCGGAGUCUAUAGAUUUGUUCCCUACAAAUCUAUACGGUUGGUUAAGAGAUAAAGACGAUGGCAGCAAGUUAACGUUGCACGAAGUGUUGAAUCAGGCGAUAAUACAGGGCGCUUCCGAUUGGUUCGUACAUAUCCUCGACAACAACGAGUGUAAAGAUAAAUCCGAGGAGGCGAGGCUGCAGCACUUGAUAAGAGUAAUACAAUUAGUUAGAUCUGAUUUGCAAAGGGCUGUGGAAUAUUUUGACAGAGUUUUUGUUGAGGUUAUGAGUUUCCCAUACUCCAAAGCGUUGUACGGCGUAUACGAGGACAAGAUCGCUUCGUUAGUGGAGCCAGAAGUGAUUCAAGUGUGCAAAAGCUUGAAGCGGUUGCGAUAUAGCGAGGGCUCCACUAACAGCGUGCAUCUAGCUGGUGGCCUCAACGGGGAGACGGGGCUGGGCAACCCAGACGUUGGCUCCGAACCGUUGGCUAUGGGGACCACGUUGUUCGAAUUAUAUCUGGCGUUGCAGAGGUUUUUGACGUUAGGGCAAGGUCUCAAUGAAACGGACUGGAAUUCCUACAGCAUAUCAAAGUUCCAUUCUUGGUUCUUCGGAGGCGUUGCACAGUGGCUUGAUAUAGCGGCGUACAAAGCGCUUACUCGCAUAGAGAAGGCCGUAGAGUUAGACCAACUAGUGCCAGUCGAUACCAAUGUGAAGUACAGCAGCUCGGGCGUGGACACGUUAGCGAUUUUCUACCAGAUUAAGAUAUUUUGGCAGCAGCUGGCGUGGCCCGACGUUGAAGGAUGUUACACUUUCGUUGCUAAAAUUAUUGAUGAUAUCUGCCGUUGUUGUGUGUUCUACUCGGACCGGAUGGCCAGCCGAGUGAGCAGCGCGGGCACUGUGACCACGGUGUACGAGGAGCGCUUCGAGGUGACCACAGAUUGGUGUGUGGCCAUCAACAACAUCGACUACGUGCGGCAGAGCCUGCAGCCCUUCGUGCAGGAGCUGGGCAUGGAUGAAAUCAUACAGAACAUGUGCGAGACGCGCUCGCCGCUAGAGGCUCAGAGAUGCAAAGAAACAUUACAAAAUGUCAUCGCUAACGCGAUAGAUACCGUCAAAAACAAAAUAGUGGAUCUUUUAGAAGUUAUGAUUAAAAAGAUGAUGCCGUCUAUCACACGUUUUCUAAUAGAAGGAGCAGAAUUGCUUCACCAAGACUGCUCAAGCAUGGACCGCGUUAUGCGAUACCUCGAAGCUAAUCUGGACACCUUAUACCAACAUCUCAACAACGAAAACUUUUCUAGAACACUCGAUAUAGUUUGGGAACAACUUGGAGAAGUGUUAUAUGAACUCAUACAAGCCAAUCUUGAGCACCGAAGGGCAAAGAUAACUCGCUAUAUCGACCCGAGGCGUUUGACCAAAUCGGCCGCAGCUAACCUAGACGCGAAGCGACGACCUCCGUCAUUCUUUUCCAAUCUGCACGAAUGUUUAAAAAUAAUGGUUCGAUCGUUCCGGCAAGACAAUAAGGAUAUAUACACAUCGGAUACGUUAAAACGUGUUGAGUAUCUGUUGAAACUUCACGGUUUGGAAACGAGAGAGUUGAUACAUCAGUACCACUUGGAGAGAUGGCAAGAACAACAAUCGAUUACUGAGCCCAAGAUGGGUUUGUUGACCGUCCGAGCUCAGUUCAUAGAAGACAGCUUGAAGCUUGAAAUUAUGAACGCUAGGAAUUUGACGCCUACAGAUUCCAAUGGUUUAUGUGAUUCAUACGUGCGUGCGGCUCUCCUUCCCGAAGAUGCGUUUGCAAACGUAGAAAAACCAAAAACACAGACACAUAGCAAAAAUCUCUUCCCAUUGUACGAUGAAAUGUUCUUAAUAGCGCUAACCCACGAGCAGCGUAGCAUCACCGACGGUCUCAUCCACCUGGUCAUCAAAGACAAGGACAUGUUCAGCGUCAGCAACACGUUCGUGGGCGAGGCGUACUUGCACUUCAGCGAGAUCCCGGACACGCCUGCGCCGAUAUCCAGCCUGCCGCAGCAACACUUGCCACUGUCCAGGCCUGCUAGUAUAGAUGGUGACGCUAUCAAAGCCCUGGAGUCCAGGCAAGGGGACAGACAAGCACGGGAGUUCCUUAAGAAGCAAAGACAGAAAUUGCCAAGUAGUAAACAGUUCUUCUCGCUAGGCUGAAUAUUUAGUAGAGUACACGUAUUGUAAGCUUAAUUUAUUUGUGAGAAACUUACGCACAUGUCCAUCAUCCUAUAUUAAAAUAGUUAAUUUCUAUGAAAAUACCUACUAAGGAAGCAGUAAUAAUUACUGUACGAAUAAUUGCUUUAUAUCAUACUAAUAUUGGAUUGAAAUUUUCUGAAGGCUUAAAAAGAAAUAAUCAAAAAACUGUAUGUUUUACAGUACCUUUCUGUCACUAAAGUGGAGAACAUGUAAUCAAAUAGAAUAUAAUAUUUCACGCGAUCUAGCUUAGCCGUGAAUUUGCACGAUGAUUUACACAAAAACAUGUUGAAAACUCAUUGCGUUUGCAUUGUCGUAUAAUUUCUUGAAAAUGAACUUGUUUAACAUUUCCAUUAAAUCUUUGUCCGAGAAUUUACUCGAUUAUCUGCAGUAUGAACAGAAAUUCAACUAAAGUUGAGAUUCGUCACGUACGAGGACCUAUUAAACAUUCGCAUGUUUAACGUUUUUUUGGUGCAAACUCACGGUCAUAAAAAGCAAACGUCAACUAAUAGGUAUAAGAGUUUAUACAAGUUUCCAUAUGAAAUUGAACGUAGAGAUUAUUAUGUAGGGAUUCUAAGAGCAAUAAUUUGAUUAGCAAGCAUCAAAAAUGGGCAAUAACUAAUAAGCGUUGACUGAUAGUGGCUUUUAGAGACAAGAACUUGUUUUAUGAAUAUUUUAAUAUUAGGUAAAUAUAUUAAUUUUAUCAUUUUGGCGUGAUUAUGAAUCUCGGUAGCAAAGUGUAAUGAUUAAUUAUUAUUAAAAUGAUGUAAUUUGCUUAAGGUAUGUGUUCCUUGGUGCAUAUUAUAAAUGAACAUAGCGCAUACCUACAAGCAAACUACAAAAGUCGAAUACUAUAAAAAUAAAAACGGCCAAGCGUAAUUCGGACUCGUGCACAAAGGGUUCCGUACCUCCACACAAUAUAGUAUAUAGUAUUCUUAUAGUAAGUUACAAUUUAUAAAAUGCCAGAGGAACAUGAAGGCGACUAAAAACAAGGUGCUGAAUUGAUAAGCAAUUCUGCACUUACUCAAAAGUAAGAAAUUAUUGUAUUUAUUGUUACACUAUAACAAUUAAAUUCAAAUACUAAUAAAUAUUUAACAAAAAUUCAAACGGUAAGAAUGAAAUAAGUAAUAAUUAAAAACACCUAUUCUUUGAAAAUUUCAACUGGCUACCUAUUACGGCUGAAGUUGUGAACCCCUGUAAAAAAACAGACGAACGGACAAAUAGAAGGACACACAAACAGGGAAUGAUUAAAGAGGGUCACGUUUGGCACUCUUUGUGUACGAAACCCUAAAAAUGUGCCGGUUGCUUGGUGUGUACAAACGCACUACGUAACUAAAGUUACGUGCGUAAAAGUAACGUACGAUAAAUCUUAAAUUUACCUACUAUAGUUUUAGAUCUCAGUGUAAUUGUAAAAAAAAAAUAUUGAAAAAAACCGAGAAUCGAGAUAGGCAUAGCUAUUUCCUAAAACCCCUAUUUUGAGUACCUAAUUUAAUUUUGUAGAAUUAAAAGAAUGGAUUUUGUCAAGUACCUACUUGAAAACAAUGAUAAUAAUAAUUAAUUCGCCGUCCCCGACGAAUAAAUAGGAUAAUCGCAAAAAAUAAAUU